CCUUUGAGACUAACAGAGAAAGAGUGUGAGACAGAAGUAGAGAGCACAAUGAGCACAGAUUUCACUCAGGACUCGGUGUUGCAUUUCCUCCAGAGCAGAGGAGGCACGGUGAAGAACUCGGAUCUGCUUCUGCACUUCAGACCCUUCCUGCGGGAUCAUGCGGAGCCGAUUCGGAACCGCGAUCUCUUCAAAAAGUUCGUCAACUCGGUGGCCACAGUCAAACAGGAGGACGGCGUCAAUUACGUCAUUCUCAGGAAGAAAUUUAGAGGACAUGUCCCGGGAGGAGGUGGUGUGGUUUCUUCCGGACAAGCGCGAUUGCCCGCCCGGAAGAACGCUGAACUCUCCCCGGAGAAUAGCAACCCUAAAUCGGCUGUGAGCAGAGAGAAUCCUCGGCAGAAAGCACAUCUGAGGGAGGACACAACCCCCGCCCCGCUGGGAGGUACCGCCAAAACAAUCCUACCUGCAGCUGGGCUCUUGCUGAACAACAACAACAACAAUGUGGAAACUAAUCUGAACCUGAAACAGCAGCAACAGCUGAUCAGCACACCUGAACUGUCUGCUGGACCAGCAUCUGAUCAGCUGGUGGGUCACACUCAGAUCCCAGAGAGGACAGAGCUGAAGACCCCCAGUCUGCCAGAGACUUCAGCCCAGGACCAGCUCGUGAAGGUGGGACAGAAUAAUAAGGUGGGGUUUGGUCCACCUGCUUUCAGACAUCAUGGAACAACCAGCCAGCAGGUCCCAGGCCCAGAGACCCUCAAAGGGAGGGAUGCCAGUCUACAGCCUAAGGGAGGUCUUCAUCAGGACCCUGUUCCUCAUGCCAGCCAGCAGGUCCCAGGCCCAGAAACAGUCAAAAGAAGGGAGGCCAGUCUACAGCCUCAGGGAGGUCUUCAUCAUGACCCUGUUCCUCAUGCCAGCCAGCAGGUCCCAGGCCCAGAAACCGUCAAAAGGAGGGAGGCCAGUCUACAGCCUCAGGGAGGUCUUCAUCAGGACCCCUCUCCUCAUGCUCUGGUGGCCCCACGCCGCACCAGAUUCAGGCAGAGCUACAAAACUGCUGUCUCUUACGAUGACGAUGAGGAGCAACAGGAGGAGGUCCCGAUGAUGCAGGGCUCAGCGUGGUCCCUGGGCGCUCCACUGGGGCACUCACAGAGGGUCAUCUCUGCCUCCUCACCAUGCAUCAUAGACCAGCCUGCGCCUCCCUCUGUCGUCUCCUCCUCACCCAACCCACCAAAAAUUAUCAUCCAGGGUGUGGGAGGGGGAACACUGCUCCCUCGUGGCCCAGGAGGGAGCGUACAGUCAGGGGCGGAGAUAAGAGGGCAGUGGGCAGGGCCAGAAGCUGCGUCUGUCCCGGGGGACACGAUGUCCACCCGACGUAGCUUGCCUUUAGAGGCACAGCGCUACAUCCCGUCUCCAGACCGAGCUGAGGAGGUGCCACCGCACCACCACCACCCGGACCACCAAUACUCGCCCUCUGCAGAUGUGCAGCUAGAGGCCAGGAAUGGGUCGAGUCAAGAUCAAAAAUCGUGGCUGUGGUCUAGUUACAGCAGUGUCUUCUCUCCCUCAUCUGAUGCCGGCUUCAAGAGUGACUGUCCGCCCUCUGACUCCCCCAGAGGAUCAGGGUGGAACAGCAGCUCCGAGGAUCUGGAGCCCAGAGCAGGUGAGACUGAGGGUAAAGUUCAGGAAGUACUCCAGCGAGCCAAAGCGACUAAACUUGAGUCCGUGACAUAUCGAGCUGAGAGUAAAACCACAAAGACAUGGCAUCACUCUACAGGGAAUCUUCUUAAUGACCAGGAGCCCACAGCCCGGGUGUCUCCACUGCAUCAUUCCACUGACCAUCUCCAUGUCAACCAGCAUUCUACACCCAAAGUGUUGCUAUGGCACGGCUCCACAGGAUAUCUCGAUGACGCAGAGUCAAGCGAUGGCUCAGGCUCUUCCCCUCCAGUGCGGAAGCACCCGGCGGUGGCCAGGCGGCUCAGUAGCAAGCUGAGGAGCCGGAUGUGUCGCAGCCUGGGCGCCAACCUCGACCAGCUGCUCGACGAGGAGGCGAGGGGAGGAGGAGGAAACGAAGCAGCUCGGCUGAACCGCCUCCACCUGAUCUCGUCCUCGCUCAGCCUUCACUGCAAUCUGUCGUCCUCCUCGCUGUCGUCCUGUUCCACUCCGCCUCGUUGCCAGAGCCUCGCCGACUUGGACGAGGGGGAGGAGGGGAAGGGAGGUAGGAGACGUCAGUCCAACGCCACCUCUGGUGCUCUACAAGAAGGCCCCAAUAAACAGUCACUGGUUCCUCUGGAGCACAGGGAGCACAUGUGGGUGGUGAAGGGGGCAGCAGGCGCCUGGCCCGACAUCUACACCCUGUUCAGAGAGGACUCGUCUCUACUCAACAAACGAGAUUUCAUCUCCGGCUUCACCAUGCUGCACUGGAUUGCCAAACACGGUGACCACAGAGUCCUCAAUACCUUAUGGUAUGGAGUAGAAAAGGCCGGUUUGACCUUGGACAUAAACGCCAGGUCAUCGUGUGGCCACACACCUCUCCACAUCGCUGCUAUCCACGGCCACAAGAACAUCAUGCGGUUGCUGGUUAAAAAGUUCAGCGCUGACUUGAAACUGAGGGACACAGCAGGAAAGAAGCCGUGGCAGUACCUGAGCCACACUAUGUCACCGGACAUCUUCCAGCUGCUGGGAGCACCAGCGCGGGCCAGUUUAGGAGAGGGGGCAGGAGCUCGGAAAGCGGACCACAGCUUGGAACCGCAGCAGCAUCGGCGGCGGCGGCGGCAUCACUUUUCUUCUGCUUCAGGAGACAGGCCACUGACCAUUGCAGGCACGGCAAAGGUCAAAAGGUCUACGUCAAUUGCGGCGCUCCUCAAACACAAAACGUUGCGUCGUAUUCACGGACAUCUUUCUGAAUCCUCAAUUUAAAAUUUCAACUGAUGGACAUUACUGAGGUUUCUAUAGAAUUCUGCAACCAGGCUGGAUCGACUGAGCGGCUGUUAGCCAGCCAGUGGGUUUUGCAAACACAAAGGAGGUUUAAACUUGAACCGGGUCUAACCACAACAUGACCAUAGUCAAGAAGAGGCUAAUCAUCUGCCUUCUGUGCUCCACAGGCUGAUUAUUGACAGUGACAUCUUCCCCUGCCAUUAUGGUAAACUCAUAAACGACAUGUAUGCUACUGUACAGCGUCACAAUUGUAGUUUAAAACUAAAUGAUAUGAAGUCAAUCUGCAUGAAUUUGAUCCCUACAGUUAAAAUUUGGGGAGUCUGGAAACAAAGUGGUGGUUAGCAUUAGGAUAACCAAGCUAGCUAGCAUGUUACCAGUUAGUUCGGCAGCUACAGUAGCUCACAGCUGGCCCUGCCAGUAGCUAUGCCAGCUAUGUCACCAAGCUACUAGCACCACCUGUUUUGAGCUUUCAUGACACACCAUUGCACUUAUAGAAGCAAAAGCUAUUAGUCUUAAACAGGACGUGCUAGCAACGAGCACUUUCUGACAGGAACAUGAGUGGAAUGCUGUCAGAACAUCAGCCUCAGCAUACCUACAGUUCACAACUUAACAUUUUCUUGAUUUUUCAGGUUUUUUUAACCUGACCUGAUGUUCUCACUGCUUGGUUUUAUGAACAGUAAACAGCAUAACUCAGCAAAUACCCAUGAUUACAUUUCAGGAGUUAUACAGUCAUCAGUUUAAAAAGAGCAAGAUUCUCAUAGCUGAUGUUGCCUUUCUGACAGUAGUCAUACACUCUACACACUUAGUACUUUGUCAGGUAUGGAUGAACAGAGUUUUCAAACAGCCCAAAGCCACAAACUGAGUACGUGUGUGGUUUUUCUGACUUCAUAUUAAAAAAGGUAUUCUUCCUUCUCGGCCAAAAAGCUCAGGCGCAGUACAAAUAACCGCAGGGAGCACUUGAUUCUGCGACUGAGCUUUCAGUUUCAGCGAAUGUGAAUGCCAAAGAAAAGAUUUAAUUACAAAGAUUGCUGGAUAUGAGACAUGUGAUAGCUUAAAGCAAAAGGGUGAUUUGCAGGCACUUGGCAGAGCGGAUGGCUUUUCAACCGUCAACCACAAUCUGAUGACAUCAUUGUAUUUAAAAAAGCAGCAGCAGCAGCAGGAGGAAGUUUACGAGCCCCCGUGGCCACAUGCAGCAACAGAGACGACACUAUACAUCUGAUCUGUGAAUGAGUACUUUACAUUCCAUCAAUUCCUUUCUUUCAUCUGUAUGAAAAUUACCUUGCAAACCACUGAAACCUGGGUAGAUAGUGGAGAAAAAUAACAUCAACACCUGUACAGUUCAAUAAAUGUUGGGGACAUUUUCAAGUUUUUGUUAUUGACACUGAGUGAGAGGUGUUUUUAUGGUUGUGGGGGGCAUUUUUUUAAAGGAUAGUUACAACUUAUUGUUUUCUAAGUUUUGUCCAUCAUUUCUAUCAAUAAUAACUUCUAUCAAUAAUAUCAGCUGCGUUCACCAGUUGAUAUCCAGGAGCACAGUCACAUCACUGAAAAGAAACCAGACAGGCCAAAAGCCAUUCAAACAUGUUAGCAACAAUGUAAACAGGUUAGUGAAUGGGGAAAUAGUUACACUAAGUGCUGGUAAACACCAACCACAGUUCAGAGAACCUUUCCUUUUACGACUUUGAGUUGAUGUGUUCUCCAUAGUUGUGUGCACACACUUUUCAUUAGCAAUGAGAGAUUUUUACUGAUAUUUCAGGUGCUUUAGUGUUCGCUUUUACCUCUCAGAUAAUGUUUUUAGGUAAUCUGGAUAAUCUGUUGGUGAAACUGUGUUGUCAGCAUGUUCUCAGAGCUCAGCUAAUAACUUUGAGUAAAAUGUUUUUGUUAUUUAUGGCGCCGAUGGACAAAACUUAGGAAAUAAGCACUUAGCGUGAUAUGGUGUUGAAUUCGAUUGCACUUUCCUGUCAGGUGUUUGUGUUAUUCAUGUUAUUGUCUCCAUCUUUUUGUAGUGUUAUUACAGCAUGGUAGUGUGCUGUGUUCAAGUGCUCCAGUGAAGAUUUGACAUCAGAGACUGCACACAGCUCAUUUUCAAAUUAUUCAAAUAUUUAACUCUAAUGAUCCUGCUGGAGUUCCACAUGUGUUUAAUAUUUGUUUCCCAGGUUUGAUUUUUCAACAUAGCUUAUAGAUGGAAAGCCUGCUGCCAAUGCUCAGAUCCUUUUAAGCUUUCACUAACACUUGAACACAUCACAUGACUUAAACACGACUCUGACAAAAACCAGACUGGACAAUUUGUCAAUGUCAGAGACGUGACCUUUAACAUUCACCACCAGGAUAAAUCUAGUGUGUUUUAAACUGUAAAUUAUUCUGGUCUGAAGUUUACUGUCAUUUGUUUCUCUAUAAGUAGAAAGUAUUUUUGAUGCCAUUGGACAAAGUUUACUCACUGCAUAUUAAAUAUAUUUCACAGUU